CACACACACAAUUCACCCAAAAUAAAAUAAAAAACAAGAGAGAGAGAGAGAGAGAGCAGCGAAGGUUCACUGCGACGUCAAUGGCGGUUUAGGGUUUUCAUUGACCCUUCCAGAGCCCGAAACUAAACCUCCUUUUUUUAAAUUAUCCCUUCCCCUCUUUCUCUCUCUCCUUGUCCUCAUAAACCCUAGUUUCAAUUCAAUCCACCUUGUUCAAUUCAAUCUCUGUAGCUUUUGUUCUGGGAAUUUUUUCAGUUUGGAAAGAGCGGCGGUGUGAUGGGUGCGCCAGAGAAAUCACAGACGGCCAACAAUUCGAUGCAGCGUGUUAAGGUCUACCGCUUAAAUGAUGAUGGGAAGUGGGAUGACCAAGGAACGGGGCAUGUUACUGUCGAUUAUAUGGAGAGAGCAGAAGAACUGAGUUUGUUUGUCAUUGAUGAAGAAGACAAUGAAACAUUACUUUUGCACCGCAUCAGUUCAGAUGAUAUUUAUCGAAAGCAAGAUGAAACAAUAAUCUCUUGGAGAGAUCCAGAGUAUUCGACCGAAUUAGCUCUUAGCUUUCAGGAGACUACAGGGUGCUCUUACAUAUGGGAUCACAUUUGUAACGUGCAAAGAAAUCUGCAGUUUAGUACUCUUAACAAUGAGACUUAUCAUAGCGUCAAUAGUGAGUUGAGAGAGUUGCCUGCAGUUGAGCUGUCUACACUUCCUAUAAUACUAAAGACUGUGGUUGGGAGUGGUAUCGCUGAUCAGAUUCGUCUAGCAGAACUCAUAUUAAAUGAUCAAGAUUUUUUCCGGAAGCUGAUGGACCUGUUUGGAAUCUGUGAAGACUUGAAAAAUAUUGAUGGCCUUCACAUGAUAUUCAAAAUUGUCAGAGGGAUCAUUUUUCUCAAUAGUCCUCAGAUCUUUGAGAAAAUAUUUGGGGAUGAAUUGAUCAUGGAUAUUAUUGGGUCUCUUGAAUAUGAUCCAGAUAUACCUCAUGUACAACACCAUCGCAAUUUUCUGAAAGAGCAUGUGGUGUUUAAGGAGGUACAUAUGGUUCCUUUAUAUUUUUUCCUUCAUCUCCCCUUGUGCUUUUUUGAAGUUGAGUGCGCCCUUUUGGUAUCAAGCUUUGGUGUAUCUGGCAUCUUAUUUGUUUGCUGUCUGUUGUUGGAUUUGCAGGCUAUACCGAUUAAAAGUCUACUGGUCCUGUCGAAGAUACACCAAACAUAUAGAAUUGGCUAUUUGAAGGAUGCCAUUUUGCCUAGAGUGCUGGAUGACGCAAUUAUUGCAAAUCUCAAUUCCAUAAUCCAUUCAAAUAAUGCCACUGUUGUUUCUUUAUUAAAAGAUGACAGCACCUUUUUUCAGGAAUUGUUUGCAAAGUUGAGGUUGUCUACCACUUCUGCGGAGUCAAAGAAAAAUUUGGUACUUUUCUUGCAUGAGUUUUGUAGUCUAAGCAAAAGCUUGCAGAUGGUCCAACAACAACGGUUAUUUAGAGACUUAGUUAAUGAAGGGAUAUUUGACAUCAUGGCUGAGGUUUUGCAGAGUCAAGAUAAAAAGCUUGUAUUAAUUGGGACAGACAUCCUUAUUCUCUUCCUUAACCAGGAUCCAAAUCUUUUGCGUUCUUAUUUCGCUCGGCAAGAGGGGAUUCUUCUGUUUGGACUUCUGGUUAAAGGUAUGAUAACAGAUUUUGGGGAUGACAUGCAUUGCCAAUUUCUUGAAAUUCUUCGAAGCCUUUUGGAUUCUUAUACAUCAGGAACACAGAGAGAGACUAUCAUUGAGAUAUUCUAUGAGAAGCACUUGGGUCAAUUAAUUGAUGUUAUAACUUCUUCAUGCCCUCCUAACGGCAUGGGUCAAUCAGUCAGCAAAUCUGUGGGCUCCAAUGGAUGCAUUGAAAAUCAAAUCCGCGCAAAGCCUGAAAUACUCUUAAACAUAUGUGAACUGCUGUGCUUUUGUGUUUUUCACCAUCAAUAUAGAAUAAAGUGCAACUUUCUUCUUAAUAACAUGGUAGAUAAAGUUUUGUUCCUGACUCGUAGAAGGGAAAAAUACCUUGUAGUUGCGGCUGUUCGAUUUUUUCGGACUCUUAUUUCCCGUAAUGAUGAGCACCUGAUGCAUCAUAUUGUGAAGAACAACCUUUUGAAACCAAUUGUGGAGGCUUUUAUUUGUAAUGGGAAUCGUUAUAACUUGUUGAACUCUGCUGUUCUAGAACUUUUUGAGUAUAUCCGGAAGGAGAACUUGAAGAUACUACUCAAGUAUUUAGUUGAUUCAUUCUGGGAUCAGUUGGUUAAAUUUGAAAAUCUAGUUGCCAUUCACUCUCUGAAAGUUAAAUAUGAACAGUCCCUGGAGAACUCUGGACCGAAAAGUUCCAUUGAUGUGUUGGAACCCAGAAAACGAAUAGAUGAGCGUGCCCUGGAGAAAGAAGAGGAAGACUACUUCAACGAGGACAGUGAUGAAGAAGAUUCAGCUUCUGCAUCCAUGUCACGUUCCCCCAGUGCACAAGCUCAACCUGUUUUAUCCAAUGGGUCUGCUGUGAGCUGCCCAUCAUUAAGAUCUGGUGGACUUGGUGGACUUGUUGAUUAUGAUGAUGACGAGGAUGAUGAAGACGACAAGCCACCACCAAGGAAACAGUCAGAAAUUUCUGAUGGAGAUGAGGGAACAAUGGAGUCCUUUAGGCUGAAACGGAAGUUGGCUUCGAAGGAGGAGCAGGAGCCUGGGCCAAUAAAGAAGCAACGGAUAGGUAAAAUCUCGAAGUCAAAAGAUAGUGUAUUUGCUUCCUUGUGCUCAACUCUAAGUCAUGCAGUGCUACCCGGUAAAAAAACAGCAAACACUAUGCAUAUGGUUCCUUGCUCCCCAGACUCCAAGAAUAGCUCAGAUGAAGUGAAUCACCCAGAUAAGAAAUCCAUAAGCUGUUCUGAUAACUCUCCUAGUUUAGAUGAGGAGAACCAUAAAGAUACAGAACCCACUGGUCCUAGAAGCUGCUCUGAUAGCUUGCACAAUAUUCAAGACAAUAAACAGCUAAGUGGAGAGGACAGCCCAUUAAUUCCGCCAAACUCCUCACCAGAAAUGGCUGUUAAUGGGUCUUAAAGUUGUGUUAUCAUCUCUUACAUUUGGCCAGUGUAUGCUCUAGUUGGCAAUCAGCCCUGUGCUGUGCUGCUCGAGGAGCUUUCUUCCCAAAGAAGUGAAGAAUGGAACUGACAUAAUGAAGAUGACUGGUUUUACGCCCCUUUCCACCUAUGCUGGGAGAGGAUUACUGUACAGUGCCAUUGAAAUGGCAGGGAGAAAUUCAUACCCUUGUAUUGUAUGCACGAACUUCCCCUUCUUUCUGAUGCUUUGAGCCGAGUUAUUGUUUCUGCUGUAAAACAUUCAUUAGCAUGAAUUUUUCUUUGCUUUACCCUUUACAUUUUCCUUGCGCUUCUACUCACUUCUGCAUAGUUAUAUGUGAACUAUAUGUGAUAGAUAGGGCACCAACAUGGCCCCGUAUAGUUUCCCUUCAUUUUGUUUUUGUUUUUGUUUUUGAUUUUGAUUUUGAUUUUUUUGUUUUUUUUUUGUUUUUUGGUGGGUGUGGGCUGUAACUGAGAGAAAGUUUUAGUGACGGGGUCUGAGGCUAAUUUUUCUUAGUAUUAUUUUAUUUAUAGACAUCCAUCUGUACAUUUUGAAACUCUCUCUGAAGCGAUAUUUCCAAUCAGACUGUUAACUGCGAAA